AUGGCUGCCUUCCCUCCGCCUCCGGUCAACACCAUUGACUGGUCCAAUGUCGGCUUCCGCGUCCGCGAAGUCAACGGCCACAUCGAGUCGACCUACUCCAUGGCCACGGGCGAGUGGACGCCCCUGCGCUUCGUCGCCGACCCCUUCAUGCGCAUCCACGGCAUGUCGCCCGCCCUCAACUACGGCCAGCAGGCCUACGAGGGCCUCAAGGCCUUCCGAGGCCCCGGCGACGCCGACAUCGCCAUCUUCCGCCCCGACCGCAACGCCCUCCGCCUGCAGCACUCGGCCGACGUCGCCUCCAUGCCCCGCGUCCCCGAGAAGAUGUUCCUCGAGGCCUGCCGCGCCGCCGUCGCCCUCAACGCUGCUUUUGUGCCCCCGCACGAGACGGGCGCUGCUCUCUACGUCCGUCCCCAGCUCUACGGCUCCAGCGCCCAACUGGGCCUGACCGCCCCCGAGGAGUAUACCUUUUGCGUCUUCGUCAUCCCCACGGGCGUCUACCACGGCUCCCACCCCGUCAAGGCCCUCAUCCUGGACGAGUUUGACCGCGCUGCUCCCAAUGGCACAGGAAACGCCAAGGUCGGCGGCAACUACGCACCCGUCCUGCGCUGGAGCGACAAGGCCCGCAAGGAGGGCUACGGCAUCACCCUGCACCUCGACAGCGCCCGCCACGAGGACGUCGACGAAUUCAGCACCAGCGGCUUCAUCGGCAUCGUCGACAAGGGCAACAACGACGUGACCCUCGUCGUCCCCGAUUCCACCUGCGUCAUCGACAGCGUCACCAGCGACAGCGUCCUGCAGAUCGCCCGCAGCUGGGGCUGGAAGACGGAGAAGCGCCCCAUCAAGUACGGCGAGCUGCCCGCCUUCACCGAGGUCGUCGCCGCGGGCACCGCCGCGGCGCUGGUGCCCAUCCGCUCCAUCACCCGCCGCAAGCAGCACCAGGGCGCCGCCACGCUGCCCGCCGGCCCGCGCGUCACGGGCGACGCCGAGUCGGAGACGGUCACGUACAUCCCCGACACGCAGGAGGAGGCCGGGGCCGCGUGCCUGAAGCUGCUCACGCACCUCAAGGCUAUUCAGCUGGGCAAGGUCAAGGACGAGUUCAAGUGGCGGUUCCUCGUCUCCGAGGCCGAUGGCAAGGUCGCCGGUGCGGAGAAGAAGAACGGCAACGGCGCGGAGCAGACGGUGGACCAGCUGGAUUAG